AUGAAGAGUGAGUCGCACAUUCACAAGGGAGUUUUCCCAGGAGUGGUAUGCAACGUUUCCAAGGCCGAAGACCGCGCCGCUCUACUCAACGCUGCAAUCACUUUCGGAGAUGGCAUGAUCGACGUUUUGGGAGUCUUAGAUAUGUAUAACUCUUUGCUUCGCAAUCUACAAUUUUACGUCAUUCACAACUGCAGUAUUUUCGGGUUUUCCCUGAUGCCGCCUCUUGCUGUUUACGGUGUCACCAAAACUGCUCUCACUGGACUGAUGAAAGCUCUAGCGCAAGAACUAGGUCCUGACGGUAUUCGAGUCAACGCUCUCGCUCCUGGAGUUGUCAGAACAAAAUUCAGCGAGCUCCUAUGGAAGAACGAAAACGCCAAAAAUCUAUGGACAAAUCAGUCUAUGUUACAGCGCAUCGCAGAACCGGAGGAGAUGGCCGGCCCUGCGGCAUUCCUGUGCUCAUCAGACGCCUCCUACGUCACUGGAGAGACUCUUCUCGCGUCUGGUGGGGUCAGUUCCCGGUUGUGA